UACCUCUCUUGUAGCCUCUGGUGGUUGCCAGCAAUUUUAGCCAUUGCUUUCUUGUGGCUACAUCACUUGAGGCUCUGCCAUACCUCUUCAUAUGGCCAGGUUUCUUCCUCUACAUGUAUCCCUGUCUCUUCUCAAGAAGACACCAGUCAGGGAGGACUUAGGAUCCAUUCUCCAGUGUGCCCUCAUCUUAACUAAUUAGGUCCACAAACAUCCAGUAUUCAAAUAAGGUCACACUCUGAAGUUCUGGGAAGGACAUGCCUUUAGAAGGGAAGGACACUAUCCAAACCAGCAGACUGACCCUGAUCACACACUGACUCAAAGAAUCAGGUGCUCUCACUGAGGCCUGGAUGGAAGCACUAGCAGUGCUGCCUGCAGACAGAAAGGUCCCGGCCUGGCCGGCAUCCCUGUGGUACCAACAGCCAACCAGACUGCAAUGGCUCCUGGGGUGGCCUGUGCAUAGCACCAAUACUCAAACCCUGGACACUGCCCCAGGAUGAGGGGCCUGAGGAAAAGCAGCAUCUCAAAGGAAGAUGGAAGCACAUGCUACAAAAUAAAGUGGCUCCUGUGCUUGGGGCCAGAUUUGUGGGCUCGUUCAGAAGGGCCAGGGUCCAGAGGGGGCAGGUUCGGAGAGGUCCUGGGCUUGCUUUAAUCCUCUGGUCUUAUCACCUUGAAAUUCUUAAUAGCCAUUUUGGGUUUCGGGUUUCUGUUUUGUUUAUGUGUUUUUGUUUUUACAGUACUAGGAAUUGAGCCCAGGGCCUUUGCUCUGAGUUAUAUCACCAGCCUUUUUUUAUUUUUUGAGACAUGGUCUUGCUAAAUUGCCCAGUCUAUCCUUGAACUUGUGAUCCUGUAUUUCAGCCUCUUGAGUAGCUGGAUUACAGGUUUACACCACCAUGCCUGGCUCUAGUUUCAUUUCUUGUUCUGUUUUUAGUGAGUAUCUCCAUGUUUCCAUUUUGCAGAAAGUCUCAUAAAUUGACAGGCCUGUCUCUCUUUUAAAACCUCAAGAUUACAAAAGACAAAGCCUGAGGAAGUGCUCCAGGUUAAGGGAGACCAAAGAGACAUGACAACUAAAUCCUACUGCUGGAUGGGAUGCUGAAUUGGUGGCGAGGUGACAGAUAUAAAGGACAUUAUAGGGACAACUGGCAAAAUCUGAAGCUGAACUAUGGAUUAGAUAAUACAACUAUUGUCAAUAAAGUGUCCUGAUGUCACAGGGAAGUGGCUCCGAACCUCUUAUCAGAUGUGCAGAGUUCAUGUCUCUCAGUAACUGAAAAAUGGAUAUGAGGAUAAAGAAGGUUAAGAGUAAGAAAAAGUUUACUGAGAAGAAAGCUCCUGAGAGACAGGAGUCACCAAAGUGGGUUGCCGCUGAGGCCCUUUGGGUGUUUUUAUACACAAAAUGACCACAUAUGAGACCACUCUGGGCCAAGCUGAAGCCAAUCUAUUAGGUUAAAGCAUAGUAGCUUAGCCAAUAUUGAUCUAAUAGGGAAGCUAGACACAUAACAAGGGUAUAUAGUGGGCAAUGCUAAUUUUAACUUAUCUGUAACUUCUAAUGUAGAAAGAUCAAAGGCAUUUUGGGGAAGGGAUAGAAGUCUGGGUCCGGGUGUUUUAGUCACGCACCUAUGCAUCUGACAUCUUAUCUAGGCUCACUGGAUCAGGCGGUGCUGAUUACAAUACAGUCUCAAGCUACUGUCUAUCUCUUGGGAGGCCUGCAGGCCUAGCUCUCUUCUUCCAAUUCGUCUCCAGCCUCAAUUUUGGUGUCUCAUCUCCUGCACUCACUCCUUCUAGGACUCAGUCCCCCUCUGACUGCCUGUUAAUUUCUACCUAACUUAAAGGUCUAUGAUAGUAAUUUACUUGUCCUGUGGUUAUGUAAGAAAAUAGCCCUGUCUUCAGAAGAUCACCCUGAAGUACUGAGGUAAAGGGGCAAGUCUGCACUAGGCUGCAAUCGGUUCAAGAAAAAAAAAACCGAUUAUUCAUAAAGUACAAAUGCUAAGGCAAGUGCAAACAAUUGGUAAAUAUGGGUAAGAAGAACAAGAGAGUUCUACCGUUGCAAUUUUCUGUAAGUUUGAAAUUACAUCAAGAUAAAGUUCCCUCCAACCAGCCCUUGGACCUCCAGAAAUUUCCCCGCAAAUAUUUGGAUGAGUGAUCUCGCUACAGCUGUGGGUGGUGAAGGCGGCCAAGAAAGGGUAUGGAGUCACGUGAGAAGGACCCACGUGACCGAAGGCCCAACUCCAACAUGGCGGCCCCCACGAGGCUUGGACUUCUCUUUCUGCUUGCGCUGCUGGGCUUCCUCGAGGAAGCGUCCGGCGGCAUCGGGGAGGGGGCCUCCCGCGACGACGAUCUGCUGCUGCCCUACCCUCGCGCGCGCCUGCGCCCGGCCCGGGACUGCACCCCGGUGCGUACGGGCAGCCUGAAGCACGAGAGCUGGCCCCAGCAUCUCACAACCCCCGGAGCCGGCCGCCCGGUGGUGCGGACCUUUGUGUCACAUUUCGGGGGGCGCGCGGUGUCCGGCCACCUGACCCGGGCCGUCGCGCCCUUGCGCACCUUCUCGGUGCUGGAACCCGGCAGCCCCGGAGGCUGCUCGCAGAAGCGCCGGGCCACCGUGGAGGAGACGGCGCGGGGGCCCGCCUGCCAAGUAGCCCAGAACGGCGGCUUCUUCCGCAUGAAUACGGGCGAGUGCCUGGGGAACGUGGUGAGCGACGGGCGGCUGGUGAGCAGCUCCGGGGGGCUGCAGAACGCGCAGUUCGGGAUCCGCCGCGACGGGACCCUGGUUACCGGGUACCUGUCUGAGGAGGAGGUGCUGGACACUGAGAAUCCAUUUGUGCAGCUGCUGAGCGGGGUUGUUUGGCUGAUUCGAAAUGGGAGCAUCUACAUCAACGAGAGCCAGGCCGCCGAGUGCGAUGAGACACAGGAGACAGGUUCCUUCAGCAAGUUUGUGAAUGUGAUGUCGGCCAGGACAGCCGUGGGCCAUGACCGUGAUGGGCAGCUGGUGCUCUUCCAUGCAGAUGGACAGACGGAGCAGCGAGGCAUCAACCUGUGGGAGAUGGCGGAGUUCCUGCUGAGACAGGAUGUGGUCAAUGCCAUCAACCUGGACGGGGGCGGCUCUGCCACGUUUGUGCUCAAUGGGACCUUGGCCAGUUACCCCUCAGAUCACUGCCAGGACAACAUGUGGCGCUGUCCCCGCCACGUGUCCACCGUGGUGUGUGUGCAUGAGCCUCGCUGCCAGCCGCCCGACUGCAGUGGCCAUGGGACAUGCGUGGAGGGCCACUGCAAGUGUGAGGGGCACUUCUGGCGGGGCGCUGCCUGCAGCGAGCUGGACUGCGGCCCGGCCAACUGCAGUGGCCAUGGGCUGUGCACAGAGGCUGGCUGCCGCUGCAACACUGGAUGGAUGGGGUCCAACUGCAGCGAAGAGUGUCCCCUUGGCUGGUAUGGGCCAGGCUGCCAGAGGCCUUGCCAGUGUGAGCACCAUUGUCCCUGUGACCCCCAGACGGGGAACUGCAGCACCUCCCAAGUGAAGCAGUGUCUGCAGCCAUCAGAGGUUACCCCAAGGGCAGGAGAGCUCUCCUUUUUCACCAGGACCACCUGGCUGGCCCUCACCCUGACCUUGGUGUUCCUGUUGCUGCUCAGCACUGCGGCCAAUGUAUACUUGCUGCUGGGCUCCAGGGCAGAGAGGAACCGGCACCUGGACGGGGACUACGUGUACCACCCACUGCAGGAAAUGAAUGGUGAGCUCCUGGCCACCGAGAAGGAGCAGCCUGGGAACACCCACCACCCCUUCAAGGACUGAGCCCUGAGCUGCCUGAUGACCUGUGCAAAGGCUCAUGUCUUCACCGUCCAGCUUCUGCAAGGGAGGGUCCAGAGCCACUGAUGGGGACCCUGCUGGUGGCCUCUGCCCCCAGCACUCCAGCCAAGCUCCCAGUGGCACUUGUGCCCCAGCCCCCACUUGUCUGUCUGCUGUGGCAUGUGCCACCCCAGCAAUACAGCAAUACAGUGUCCCAGAGAGACCACACCUGCUUCGCCACCUGCCUGUAUCUGCUGCUCAGAGACCUGUCCCCCAGGGGGACCUGCACUGCUGCCAAAGAGUCCCCAGUCUCCUGGGAAGAGGCGCUAGCGAACUGAACUCACUGAUGGAAUCAUGAUGAGCAGAUCCCAGCCCCCGCCCCCCCCGGCGCACAGGGGUAAGUUAAGGUACGGGUCUCCCCUUCUGGCCACAUCAUGCUGACCUCAUCACCGAUUUGCCGACUAGAAUUGUCUUGGUAUCAUGGGAAGCUCUUCAUGAGAAGGGUAGGUGGGAGGGAUGCUGCCGCCCUGUUUACAGACCUGCUGUUUUGUCUUCCUGCUGCAAGAGGAUUUUUCUAUCACUUGAAUAAAUUGAUACUAAAAGGA